UGUACAUCAUUUUCCCAAAUGGAGUGUAACUUUUGUACGUGCUACUUGUUACUCUGUUUUUUUUCACCCUUGAGAAUGUGAAAAGCAAUUAUCUGCUGUUCGUAGAGUCAUCAAGCUUGUCGGCUAUGAUGCGAUAGGAAGAAGAUUCCUUCCUGGCCUUGGGCAUGAAUAAGUUAAACAGCACUUGUUAUGAUCGUUUGAUUGUCAAAGAAAGGGCAUAUGAUUUUGAUGAGAAAUCCUUCAUUCGCAGGAGGAGUUUACAGAGAUAAGUUUACAAACUGGUGUCACUUGAUGUAGCAUAUCAAACUUUGAAACUCUUUUUACUAUGAAGUAGAUGUAACAGAUUAUAUCAAAUCACGUUAUUUGUUGAGUUUACUUUAAAUUUCUUUUAUGCGAAGAUGGCAAUCGCUACAGGGUACAUACUAUUGUGUGCAGGUAGCAGGUACCCUUUCUCAAAUGGAAGGGAGUGUUGUGAAGGGGUUUUCGUGAGAAGUAAUUGGUUAUGUUACUUUCAAAUAGACUGUCCAUCCACAUGUGAGGUUGUUUUGCUCAGUUAUAUUUUCUCCAGCGAAAGAAGGAAACCUCAUAUGGAUGUGGGACAAUCAAUCCCCUAUAUGGUUUCAUAACAAACUUUAUAAUCUGAAGAAAUGUAUAUAUCAACAAAAAAUAAAAGAGAGCUAUCAAUAAGAUUAUCUUUUCUUCUAUCUGUGAAGGCAUACGGUAACCCGACUGUUGCCAUUCCCCACCAUUUAAUGAAGUAUUCUAAUUAAAUGGGAUGAAUUAAAAAAUGUAGAGCAGGAUUCAAACUCAGAAUAUGUAUUCUGAUUAUAUUUUAUAUCAUCGUUUAUUUUAAAAUUUUAAGUAAAUAAAUAAAUUUUAUUCUUUAAAUAAUAUCUCUGACAAACUUGAUCAAGGUAAGGUUCUGAGUUUUAACUGUACCGAACCAGCCGAUGGUUACGAAGUAACUAGGAUGUGGUGUAGUCAGCAAAGGUGAGCAAUUAAUUUGUUGAACCCAAGUGGCUAGCCUUCAGAGGGAACUCCUUUAUUCCCUUCACAAGGACUCGUUCAAUGGCUAAAGACCAACGCUCCACAUGAUCACCAUUCCUAAUUAAGCUCCCCUUUUUAUAUGCUCACUGUCACAGACACUUUGACAUGCCUCCUUGUUUCUCUCUUUCUACUCCCACAAAACAUGUUUGAUCUAUUCCAGGAAAGAAAAUUCCCUUCUUUUUUCUUACCACCAUUGUCUUCUUCUGCUCGAUUCUUCUCAUCUGUGCGAAGAAUCAAAGGCCGGAACAAGUUACCCUCCGGCCACCCUUUUAAGCUAUUCCAGAUCUCUUCCGUCCAGGCAGUUUCAAUGAAUCCCACUCCACCACCACAUGACUUUGGUAUCUCCUCGCCUAUAACCGUAAUCCUGACAGUAAUCCUCCUUGUUUUCUUUUUUCUAGGCUUCUUCUCUGUAUACUUCUGCAGGUGUUUCAUUGAUAGCAUGUCUACCUCCCGGCGAUCACCCUCCCGCAACGUUGGCUCAGGCGCCGAUGCAUCUGACAUCAGUGGCCUUAAUCCUUCUCUUAUAGCUUCCUUCCCGACAUUUGUAUAUUCGAGCGUCAAAGAUUUUCGCAAGGAAAAAUACGGUCUGGAAUGUGCAAUAUGCUUGGUGGAGUUCGAGGACGAUAGUCUGCUUCGCCUUUUGACGGUCUGCUACCAUGUUUUUCAUCAAGAAUGCAUCGACCUUUGGCUCGAAUCUCACAAAACAUGCCCGGUUUGUCGUGGGAACCUUGAUUUGCCUCCUGAGUCUUCGGAAAAGUCUCCGGCGAUUGUAGAUCAUAACGCCAUGCACGAUAUUCAUGGUAGCAAUGAGUCUUCAGAUGAUGCUGAACAUGUGCGCAUUGAUAUCCGAGAAGAUGAUGACAAUGAGAGCUCAGAAAGUGGAGGAAGCCAUGAACAUGCUUCCAAGACACUGCAAAAUGAUCAUGAAGAUAAAAUGGUGGAAAGAUUUUCAAGGUCGCACACAACCGGGCAUUCAAUAGUUAAGAGAAGAGAAGAUAAGGAUAGGUAUAAGCUGAGAUUGCCAGAGCACAUCAAGGUAAGACUUAUAAGAGGACAUAACUUCGCCAAAAGUUGUACAACAUUUGGGGAGUUCUCAAACCACGAAGAGGCGGGCAAUGGAGGUUUUGGGGAGGUGUGUGGUUGCUCCGGAGGAAAUAUCAACAACGUUUAACUAAGGGAUAUUUUGAUUUGCAUUGGUUUUUUUUAUUAUUAUUAUAUUUUUCUCUCUAUACUUAAUGAUGAGUUUGAAACACUAGCUAUUUUACGUUGUCUUAGGAAAUUUUCAGCAUAAAAUAGAGGAAGAUUUAUUCUAUUGCCUUUUUUUUAAUCAUUUAUUGUUC